AUGGCUCCAUUUGAAGCGCUGUAUAGUCUUCCUCCGCCAACUGUUGCGAGUUAUUUUCCAGGCUCUACUGUUGUCCAUGCUGUGGACACCUCCUUGCGAUCACGAGAUCGAACCUUACAGAUCCUUAAGAUGCAUCUCCAAGCUGCUCAAGCUCGAAUGAAAUCCUACGCCGAUGCUCGUAGGACAGAAAGAAGCUUUGAGAUAAAUGACUUGGUUUAUCUUCGUUUACAACCCUACAGACAGACUACAACUGCAAAUCAAGCGUAUUCUAAGCUCUUUCCACGUUUCUAUGGACCUUUUCGCGUUGAAGAGAAAAUCGGACUUGUUUCUUAUAAGCUGCGCAUGCCUCCAACAAGCCGCAUGCAUCCUGUUUUUCAUGUGUCAGCCUUGAAGUUGAAAUUAGGAGCACAUGACACAGUUGAAUCCCACUUACCUACAACACUAGAUCAGUUCGAAUGGGAACCAGAGAAAAUCUUGGAUCGAGGAAUGUUUAAGCAACGCAAUGUUGCGGUAACUCGUUGGUUGAUUAAAUGGAAAAAUCGUUCUGUAGAAGAGGCUACAUGGGAAGAUGCCUAA